AUGCCUGAAACAACGCACUCAGCCGUGAACGCAAACAAGCGACCUCAUCCACCCGCGUCAACUAAUUCUCCGCAGCAGCUAAACAAGGCAAGUCAGUCGCCCAAAGUCGCGAAUUCAAUCGCUAGACUACGACAGAGCCCGAGAACAGCGACGCUCUCUGCCAUUGCCAUGCUCCCAGCGUCCUCACGAGGUGCUUCUUCGAAUUCCCCUUCGAUAUCGUCAGGCUUGCAUGCUUCCAUGUCGACCCGAGCCCUUUCCAACACAGGCUCCGAUGCAUCCUCGAGUGGCACUGGCAUUCGACGCAGCCCUUCAUGGAAUGCCAACGCGACAGGUCACCGUGCUCGUGGAUCUCUCGAUCGAGUUGCAAACAUUCCCGAACCGGAAGACGCUGCCCAGCAAGAUGGUGCGUCAGACUCUGAGCCCGACGACGUCGUCAUCCUGAGCGUCCUAAAACGAACCAGAGACCUAUCAAAUGCUGAAGAUCAGUCAACUCCGCAGCAGCCGCAAAAACCAGCAAGCGGCAACGGUAUUGAGCAGUCUCUGGCGCCAACCAGUGGCGUCUCGUCUGGCGAUAUAGCGCAGAGGAAAACAAGCGAUGCUCUCCCGUCAAACAUGUCCAAUGACGACCAGAUCGGAUCAGUCACACCACACAGGACUUCUCUGAACGAUUCUGUGGACCCUCAAAGGCUUCCUAAGCUCCCCGGGAACGACCUGUCUUCCUUGGAAUCAGUCGACUAUGAGCGGCUGGUGGACGGGCAUGCCAAGGUCAUCACAGCUGUAAGCUGUCUCGAAAUCUCCGAGAAAGAACUCGAGGAGCUCAUAAUCGAGCUGGUCGAAAGUUCAGGCGAGCCAUUGGUCAUCUCCGACCUUCACAAGACUGCGUUGUGGUCUUCGGAUCUGUUCAGGCCGCAAAGUCAACAAGAAAUUCUGACUCCCGAGCAAAAUGACAGGCUGCAUGGAGAGCAUUUGUCCCAAUGGUCGCAGUGGCGCGAUAUUCUGAACAAAGUGGUGCAUCCGCGCCUUGCGUUCCAUGGCGCCCACGAUGUGUCGACGUCUCUUCAAUCCCAAGCGCGCCCCGACACCUUGAGGAGAUACUUUGGCCGUGAACGUGCUUGUAUACCUCUGCAGCGUUACAUGUGCUCAAGCCUCGGUCAAAACCUGAUGGUCUGGAGCGACCCAGACGCUUCCGCGGUGUGGAUGGUUACUCAGUCUGACGACGCAGAUGCCUUGGACCGGUAUAUUGCCUCCAAAGGCGGCGAUCCUCACUCAAAGAGGUUUGUACCGCACCUCACUGAGCUUGCCGAUGCAGGCUUCCCCAUCUUUUGCUGGAAGCAACGCGUCGGCGACCUAGUGCUCAUUCCACCGCGCGCAUCACACCUGGUCGUCAACAUUGGUGGCCGCACCAUGCAGGCAGCCUGGUCGCGCAUGACCGUCGACACGCUGACAAGUGCGUUGUUCAACGACCUUCCCCUGUACCAGCGCAUCUGCCAAGUGGAAGGCUACCACAUCAAGUCGAUCAUUGAAUACACGCUUAGCUCAGUUACCAAGCAAGUCGAGACUCAUCUCGCAAAUAAGCGCGACACACCGCUGACGCAAGUUCGCGAACUCCGUAGUCUGCUGCUGCUGUAUGAUGCUAUUCUCUCCGCCGAGUAUGUCCCCGAAUGGCGCGACAUUGCCGUGGAAGGAGGCGAGGACAGCUAUGUCGAGUGCGACUUCUGCGGCGCAGAUGUCUUGCACGGCUAUUUUGAAUGCCCAGUCGGCGAGACUUUGUGCGCUUUGUGCUACUGUCAGGGACGACUCUGCAAAUGUGGUAACGCCGUUGAAGCGUUGCAGCCGCGCCAACAUUGGCGCCGCUUCGGCGAACGCUUACAGAUUCGCAACCUGGCCGCAAAGGCUCUCUUGACCGUGGAACCAGAGCUAGCGUUAGCAAUCCAGGAUAGGAGCGACGCUGCUAAUGAUGAUGCGGAGCAGGAUUCACCUUUGCUACCCGUGGAGAUGCUAGAGGAGGACGAAGUGGGCAAAAGAAGCUGGCCACUCAGCUUUCUGGCCGCGAUGAAGCUGUACAAGCGUCGUCAGACCGCGGACUGGCAGACCAGCAGGGAGCCCUGCAAGAUCUGCAAAGCAUCCCUGGAUCUGUCGCAGCGGUACCACUGCAAACCGUGCGGCCACUCGUACUGCUUUGGAUGCCUGUUGCACGAGCUGUACAUCCAUCCGGUGCAUGCUUUGGCUCAGAACGAAGCCAAGCAGUUCCACAACUACCACAAAAAGGCCAGCGCGUUGGAUUACAAGGAGUGGAAGCAAGAUCCACUUGAGUUCCUCGCCGAAGCUCGCGCCCAUUUUGCGCUUAUUGAAUCUGCACGAAUCAAUAUGAAAAGCCGUCCUGUCACCAAUGGCUGUCGUAUCGGCUUUCUCGAUGUCUCUGAUCAGUACCCGCAAGGACUUUCGGGCACUCUCGGUGUGAAGCAGUCCAUCAAGGCACAGGUCGACCAGGUCAAAGCGGUGACAGAUCUGUCGUCUCGCUCGGCCACACCCGUACCGCGCAAGCGUUCGAACGGCUCGGAUGAGCCCACACCAAACGGAUCGCCCAAGUCGCCCUUGAGGAAGAAGGCUAAGUUCAUCCUUAAGCGUACGGGCGAGAAUGGGAUCCCCAUGAUGGAGACGCCACGAGAGCAAAGUAUUUUACGAGACGCCGUGACUUCUCCAGUUGACACGCAGUUGAAGCCAUCUGUUUCGUCGGGAUUCCGCAAAAGUGACCAAGUUACUCAAAUGACAGCCGAUCAGCUCGUCACUCCGGUACCCACAGUCGCCAAUGGCAUCCGAAAUUUUGUGCUCGGCUUGAACAGCACAGGACAAUCAGUUCCCUCACUAAGCGCCGCCGAUCAGGCAAGUACACCUGUUUCAUCGCUCGAUUCGUCUUCGGUCCCAUCCGGCUCUCUCGACAUGGCACUCAGCAAGCCCACUGUGUUCGAAACGUCGGUGAGCAAGCGCGCUAGCACAGCCGCAGCUAAAAAUGUGCCAAAUGUAAUGCCAGUGGUUCCCAGCUCGACGAGCACGGCAACUAUCUCCAGUCUCGCCGCCAGGGCCAAGCUCGCAGCACCGAGCAAGUUCACUCCUUCCGCCAACAUUCAAGACGGAACGGGUGUCUCUCCGUUCCAACGAUCGUCGGUACCAGUUCCGAGUCCAGCCCCUACUGUGGCUCCGACAGCAACGCUCAGCCCUUCGUCGCCUCCUAAUCAAAGUCUGACUCCGGCUUUGGCGGACGAGACAAGCGACCAAGGGACCUUGGCAUUGGCGACAAGCGCGGUAGCCGCUGGAAUCUCUUCGAGCCCUAGAGAAAGUGCAGCAGCAUCGCCAGGAUCCGCUGCGGCUGGCCUUGGCUCGCUAAGUAACAUCAAUUUGCGGGUGGUGACUGAGAUCCUGCGCAUCUUCAGCCAGUCGAAUCAGAAGUCGAUUGAAGGUCAAGUGGCAGUGAUUCUUGAGGCGCAGAUGGCCCAAGCGGAAGAGUGCAAACAAGCAGCGGCGAAAGAGGCCGAAGAACAGCGCCAGGCGACGGCAAAGGUGGAAGCGACGCUGUUGCAUAGAAUUGGUCAGCUAAGCCAGGAAGUGAAUAACCUGGCGCAACAACACAAGUUGGAAAUAAGGGAUCUCAAGAGUAGGCACGAAGCGGCCUUGAAGGAACUCAGGCAGAAGCUGCACGAGGUAGCCGGACAGCAGGUGGAUACGGUGCAGCGGGUCAAAAAGUUUGAUGAAAAACUCUCAGGGCUUCUAGACGACAUUGAGCGACAGGCGCAAGCGCAUCUACAGGCAGAGCUUUCAUCCCAAACCUUGCAGCCUUCCGACAUCGGGCAGCCAGUGCCAAGCACCCACUUUGCCCCUACAAGCAAUGUGCGUUAA